AUGGCGUACAACAGAUCCUACAACCCAGAUGAGCUUCCAAGGUUCGCAGAGCCUGAGAAUAAAUCUGGUGGUGGUUCUUCCAAGCACAAUGGGUAUGAUAGUAAACCUGCCCCGCCUCUACCCCGCCAGGACCUACGCCCUUCAGGGAGCCAAAGCUCUCAUCGUCGCCACGACUCACGCGAAGGAGCCCAUCAUAGACUAAGUCCCACUCAUCCUCACAACUACGGUGCGACUUCUCCCCCGCCGAUUGCGGGAGGACCGCGACCGACCCAUCAUACGCGGCCACCCACAGACAACAGGCCGCCUCCUUCGCCAGACGCCGCUCCUUCUGGCGCAGCCGACCCGAAGCUCUUACCAUUGUUUCGCGCCGUUGAUAAAGAUGGCACCGGUCAACUUUCCGAGGCUGAGCUUAGCGCAGCCCUGGUCAACGGAGACUGGACUUCUUUCGACCCGCAGACUGUUCGAAUGAUGAUUCGCAUGUUCGACUCUGAUCGCUCCGGUACAAUUGGGUUCGAAGAGUUCUGCGGCCUCUGGUCAUUCCUUGCCUCCUGGCGCACCCUUUUCGACCGCUUCGAUGUCGACCGCUCUGGAAACAUCUCUCUUCCCGAGUUUACGAAUGCUCUCAUUGCCUUCCGAUAUCGUCUUACACCCGGCUUCGUUGAGUUGCUCUUUAGGACAUAUGAUAAGCGUGGCGAGGGAGUCAUGAGCUUUGACCUCUUUGUCCAAGCAUGCAUCUCUUUGAAGAGGAUGACCGACGUGUUCAAGAAGUAUGAUGACGAUCGAGACGGCUAUAUUACUCUGAGCUUCGAGGACUUCUUGAGCGAGAUUUUGAAGCAGAUGAAGUAG